AUGUUAUUAUCUGGGUACAUUAAUGCAUACGGUUACUAUCAAACUCGCCAAGCACAGACCAUCGGCAUCUUGUCUUGUCUGCCCACAUCUGGAGAAGUCGGCAAUCACCACUCGUUUGCUUUCCCACGGCUGCUCCGGCCGGCCCACGCGCAGGAUGUAGCCGAGCACCACCGUAGCGCAGUAGCGCGUCGGACUGGCCCACUUGAACAACUCCGCCUUCUCCGCUCACUCCAAACUCUACAUGCGACUCCUACGGAGGAAGGCCGACAUGACGAAGACACUUCCCUUCGACCCGAAAUCUGUCCCGAGCACGGAGUGGACGGCGGACCUCAUCGCCAAGUCGUCCGAGGCUGUCGUGGCCGAGACGCCGUGGGGCACGAUCCGGGGAAGACGGGCGCCGAACGGCACACAGGUGUUCCUCAGUGCGUAUCUGAUGACGGACCGCCGACAGACAGCUGUGGUGCGACGAGUCAUGAGCUGACAGCAGACGUUCCUUACGCUCUCCCGGUCCGCCGAUGGACGGACCCGCAACCCCUCCCCGAGGACCAUCGGUACGAGGACAAGGAGUACAUCUCCGAUGGCAUUUACUGCGCACAGCCGUCGCGCGUAUACCCUUCUAAGCAACCGACCAAGCUGCGACUUGGCCUUGGCGAGCCGAGCGAGUGCCCCUUCUUCGCGGACGUCUACGUUCCCUCGUCGAUCGAUCUGAGCAACCUCGGCGAAGAGAAGGUGCCGGUGCGUGUCUUUGUGCACGGCGGCUUCAUGCAGUGGGGAUCGACGAGCGGGACGAUGUACAACCAGCAGUUCUGGGCUGCCGAGGAGCGACAGGAGGUCCGCGUCCUCGUCGGGCACCGUCUCAGCGUGCUCGGUUUCCUGGCCAGCGCGUACCCGAAACUCGAGGGAAACUAUGGCGUCAAGGACGUGUGGUGUGCGCUGGAGUGGCUGCAGCGCAUCGCCGGAUCGUUCGGAGGCGACGCCGCGCAGGUCCACCUCAGCGGGCUCAGUGGCGGAGCACACCUCUGCCACCAGCUGCUGCACCAUGCGGCCCGCGAGGGCGGAAAGGGGAACAAGGCGCCCUUCAUCUCCUGUUUGCUGCAGAGCAAUGCGAUUUUGGGCGACCCCGUACCGGCCAGCGAGCGACAGGUGAACUUUGACUCGCUCUGUCGCAAACUGGGCCUGAACCCGCGCCAGCCGGGCAUUCUCGACGCGCUGCGCGACGAGGCCCUCGUGCCUACGCUCCGGCUCAUGCGGGCUGUGGACUCGCUCGGCGUGCUGGGCACGUUCCGCUGCGUCGUCGAGCCCGGCUGGGUCGAAGCCGACACGAUGGCGUACCAGGCGACGCGGAUGGGGGACGACCUGCGCGCCGCGGGGGUCGUGAUCGUCGUCGUCGGCGAGGUCCUGCAAGAAGAGGUGUUCUACGCCACGACGCACGCGACCCCGACACCAGCCGACAUUGCGCCCAACCUGCACCGAUACUUCUCCACGCGGCUCUCCUCCGAGUUUGUCGAUCUCUACGACUCGUUCGCGCCCCUCGCCGCGGAUGCGGAUCGCAAGUUCGCCCAGCGCCGCUUCGGCACCAUCAUGGCCAACGCGCAGGUAUACGUGCCCGCGCGCCUCCUGGCCGCUGACCUUAUCAAGCAAAACUUCCCCGUCGUCCGGUACUCUAUCGAGUGUGUCGCCAAGAGCGUCAGCAAGCGCGGACUCGUGACGCACUCGGGCGACACGGUGCUGCAGCACCUCCAGGUCAACAGGCUGACGCCGGAGGAGCGGGAGUGGGCGUGGAACUGGUGGAACGCGGUCGAUGAGGACGUGAAGAAGGCCCAGCGGGGAGAAUUCAAGCAGCGCCCGAACGCGAUGCAGCUCACGCUCGAUCGCGAGGGCAACGCGGGCUGGAGGCGGGAUAUGCGCUGGCCCAAGCUCAUGGGCAUGAUUGAGAUUGUGCGGCCCGGGGAGAAGAUGGCCAAGCUCUAG